AGAAAGCACCAGUGCAGCAGACAAAGCUCUCUCUCUAUCUCUCUCUCUCUCUCUCUCUCUCGGUGGUCACAGAUCUAUCAUCAAGUUCUCUCAUUCUCCUUAAUAUUUUUUUUUCCUCUGUUUUCUUCUCUAAACUCUCUCUCUAAAGUUUUAAUCUUCAAGGACUGUUUCUCUGAACUGGGUUUUCUUUGACACAAAAAACUUUCAUUCAAAACCCUGGUUCUCGAAGAUUAGGGUUGUGGGUACUCUGCCUCUGGGUGGAUCUGUGACCAAAAAUCAUAGCUUUUCCACUACUGCAUGCUUUUCUAAACAAAGAGAGCGACCGAGAGACACUCUGAGAAUGGCCUCUUCAUAUCCCGGCGGUGUCAGUGCCAUUCAGGUGGGCUCGUACUUUGUGGGACAGUACUAUCAGGUUCUUCAGCAAAAUCCUGAUGUUGUCCAUCAGUUCUACUCCGAAUCCAGCACCAUGACUCGGGUCGAUGGCGAAUCAAUCGACACUGCCUCUGCAAUGCUGGAAAUUCACACACUUAUACUGUCACUAAAUUUUGCUGCAAUUGAGAUCAAGACACUCAACUCUCUUGAAUCUUGGAAUGGAGGUGUGCUGGUGAUGGUUUCAGGAUUGGUUAAAACCAGGGAUUUCAGUGGAAGGAGAAAAUUUGUUCAGACCUUUUUUCUUGCUCCUCAAGAGAAAGGUUACUUCGUUCUCAAUGACAUCUUUCAGUUCAUUGAUGAGGGAAUAACAUGCCAACAUCAAGUACCCAUUCCAUCAGAAAGCAAAUUUGACACCCAACUGGAUGCUUCUAGCCCUCUUCCAGAGCCACCAGCAGUUUCAGACUAUGUUUUGGAGGACGAGGCUCGGGAGUACGUGAAUUCAAUCCAUAUAGAAGACGAUCCAGUUGAUAAGUAUAGUCUCCCAGAGCAACAGCUGCAAGAGGACUAUGAGAGUGAAGUUGUUGUGGAGGAAACUCCUGCAGAGGAGACGUCUAUUUCACUUCAAAGCGUGGUAAACACUUUGCAUGAAGCUCCAGCUGCAGCUGUGGAGGAACCUGUGGGAGAGGCACCAAAGAAAACUUAUGCUUCUAUUCUGCGAGUUUCGAGAGGGCAGCCUGCAUCGUCAGUUGCUAUCCAGCUGCCUGUCUACAGAAAUGCUCCAAUUAUUACUCCAGCUACUUCAGAGUGGAAUCAUACGCCACUGCCUCCUGCUCAGCCUUCAAACUCUGCAUUUUCAUAUGUGCCUGAAUCUGGGGUAGAGGCAGCUGAGGAGAGUCUGCCACUGGAAGAAGAAGGUGAACCAAAAUCUGUCUAUGUGAGAAACUUGCCCCCUACUGUUACUGAAGCAGAAAUCGAGCAGGAAUUCAAGAACUUUGGCACAAUUAUACCUGAUGGUAUCUUUGUUAGGUUACGCAAGGAAAUUGGAGUUUGCUAUGCUUUUGUUGAGUUUGAAGACCUUAUUGGUGUUCAAAAUUCACUCAAGGCAUCUCCAAUACAGUUGGCUGGAAGGCAAGUCUACAUCGAAGAGAGGAGACCAAACAGCGGCAUUAGUUAUCGAGGUGGAAGAAGGGGUGGAAGAGGAAGAGGAAGUUAUCAAACAGAGGCCCCAAGGGGGCGUUUUGGCGGACGAAGCUUGGGCAGGGGAAGCAAUCAGGAUAGUGGUGACUACAGCAGAAUAAGAGGCAAUGAUUUUUAUCAGCGUGGUUCACGAUGAGACAAAAACGGCCUUAAGCAAUCAAGCAUCUACAGAUGGGCAGAAAUAUUUGUGGGUCAAAACUUAGUUUUUUGAUCUGAGGGUGAUUUGAGCCAUUUAGGCUCUUUAGUUUUGCCAAUCAAACUUUUUUCCUUGUGAUGAUGGUUUCAGGAAAGUAUGGUCUACUUUUUGAGGUGUCAUUUUACAUGAAUGGAAUUGGUGAGAGACUUGUUUGUGUUGUUUCUUGUUUGGGUAUAGCUAUGUUACUUUUCCCCUUGAAUGAGUUUUAUCAUGCAAUUCAAGUGGGGAAUUUUAUUUUUUUGGCCCCAUGUUUUCAGGAAAACAAGAUGCUUGUCUAAUGGGUUAGUAUAUGAGACUUGAUCAUUCAUACUUAUCUGAAUUCACUUAUUUCAA